GAGAGAGAGAGAGAGAGAGAGAGAGAGAGAGAGAGAGAGAGAGAGAGAGAUGAUCUGAGCCUCAGUCGCUUCAUGUCUGAUUUUCAAACAUUGAUCAUGAAUAUAUCGAGGAGAUCCGACUGAUUCUGUCGCUCGGGUGUGUGAAGGGGUCAAAGCGAAACCUUUUUUUUCCCGUGGCGCAGGGAUUUCUUGCUCUAUUUAUCAGCCUGAUACAUUUUAAAUCACCAUUAUAGGAGACAUUUGAGAUAUUAUUAUUAUUUAUUGUGUGUCUGAGGAGUAAGAGGCUUUUGAACAUGGGAUGUUUGGGCAACAGCAAGACAGAAGAUCAGCGCAUCGACGAGAAGGCGCAACGAGAGGCGAAUAAAAAGAUCGAGAAACAGUUACAGAAAGAGAGACAGGCGUAUAAAGCCACACACCGCCUGCUCUUAUUAGGCGCUGGGGAAUCCGGGAAGAGCACUAUAGUCAAACAGAUGCGGAUCCUGCACGUCAACGGCUUUAACGCAGAAGAAAAGCAGCAAAAAAUAUUGGAUAUCCGGAAAAAUGUUAAGGACGCCAUAGUGACGAUAAUAUCUGCUAUGAGCACCUUAACACCCCCUGUGUCAAUCGCCAAUCCAUCCAAUCAGCCUAGAGCAGAGUACAUCAAAAGUAUAGCUCCACUCUCAGACUUUGACUACACAGAGGAGUUUUUUGAGCAUGCAAAGCAUCUGUGGGAUGAUGAGGGGGUGAAGGCCUGUUUCGAGCGCUCAAACGAGUUUCAGCUCAUCGACUGCGCAAAGUACUUCCUGGACAGAAUUGAGUCUGUACGACAGAGUGACUACACACCGACAGACCAGGAUUUGCUACGGUGCCGUGUUUUGACUUCAGGGAUUUUUGAAACUCGAUUUCAAGUAGACAAAGUCAACUUUCAUAUGUUUGAUGUGGGUGGUCAGAGAGAUGAAAGGAGGAAAUGGAUUCAGUGCUUUAAUGAUGUGACCGCCAUCAUCUUCGUGGCAGCCAGUAGCAGUUAUAACAUGGUCAUAAGGGAAGACAACAGCACCAACCGGUUGCGCGAAUCUCUUGAUCUGUUCCGCAGCAUCUGGACUAACAGGUUUUUAAGGACCAUUUCAGUGAUCUUGUUCCUCAACAAACAGGACAUGCUGGCAGAAAAGAUCCUGGCAGGAAAAUCCAAACUUGAAGAUUAUUUUCCAGAGUAUGCUCGCUACACACUUCCUCCUGAAGCGACACCUGACCCAGGAGAAGAUCCGAAAGUGUCCAGGGCAAAGUUUUUUAUCCGAGAUGAAUUUUUGAAAAUCAGCACAGCGAGUGGCACAGACAAACACUACUGCUAUCCUCACUUUACCUGUGCCGUGGACACGGAAAACAUCCGUCGUGUAUUCAAUGACUGUCGUGACAUUAUUCAGAGGAUGCAUCUCCGCCAGUAUGAACUCUUGUGAUUAGCUGCCUGGAUCGGUUGUUCCUCCAAUCAACACUUCUCCAGUCCCACAUCACAUGGGCUGAACUACUGAAGAGUGACAAUGUUGUAAUGUUUUUUCCUUUUUCUGCUUUUCACUUGUUUGCUUUCCUUUUUUUAUUUAUUUUAGUCUAUAUAUGAGAUCUGAAGUGAGAGGGGGAAGAAUGAUAUGAAUGUGUGUGUAUAAGAUGAAAUUAGUACUAUUUUGUGUUUGUGUCACUCCCAGGUCAUUCCUUUCUUUAUAUUUUGUUUUGUUUUUCAGCAUUGGCUGGCUUUAGAUGAGGUUAGAUUAGAUGUGAUUAAACCAGCUGAUGUAAUGAAAACCUGUGGUAACCUGUGACCUGUGUCAGGGUGGUUUGACCUUUCCCCUCCACCUAAUGAAGGGGAUAUUGGAGUACUUGACAUAGGAGUGAAGGGGUACAUGAAGGGUUUAAUUUUGCAGGAGGCAAAAUUCACAAUGUAGCACCUCUAUAUUUAUCCUUUUUUACCAUUUUUUUUAGUCUAGUUUCAUUUUUAAUUGCCUUUUUUUGUUGCUUUUUUUUCUGCAAAGCGUGCAGAAAGGACUUCAGGGCUAGAUAGGAGUUUGUAACCAAUUACAGAGCACAGAGCGUAGUGUAGGAGCAGGGGCCUGUGGGAUUUGCAUUUUUUGCGGCAGCAAGCGUCCAUCUUGGGAGAUCCGCCACUGGCCAACCGAUGCCUCCUUUACUAUGGGCAGCCCCCAUUUUGGAGGUAGUCUUAAAUAUAGAUAAACAGAAAAACAAUAUAUUUUCAAGGGGUUUGUUUUGUUAAUCCUAAAAAAUGUGCAAGGUCACUCAAUCUUGUACAGGACUUCAAAAUGUUAUUUUGUAUAACUUCAACAAGAAAGACAACUUUGACUUGUAGAAGCUCUUUGUGCCUUUGAGUAUGGCUGUACCUGUAAAUGAGGAUGAAGUAUGUGUGAUGGACAGCGCUGUACAGCUUGAUGUCAAAUAUUACAUGCAGCACAGCGUGCUGAUGGGAAAUCUCUCUGUAGACUGAGUUUUUUUUCUGGUUUAUAAAACUACUUAAUGUCUUUUACUAUAAAAUGAAGAAAAAUUAGGCAAAAAAUAUUGUAUACAAUAUGCAAAAUUAACCACUUUGUUCAGAAACUGCAAAUACAAUAUGUCUUAAAAUUC